AUGGGAGUAGCACCACCGCUAGAGAUCAACCCACCGCUGAUCAACUCUGCGUGCCCUUGGGCAACCACCCUGGAGGACUUGAGACUCCUCUAUGCGUGCCCGUCAACGGGCGCUGUGACCACUCGCACAUCUCUGAUCAACGGCUUUGAUCACGACCCGGCAAAACACCAAUAUGCCUUCUUCGACUCCGCCCAUGGAGGUUCAGCCCAAAACGCAAGCCUCAAUUCACUGGGCUACAGUUCGCUCACUCUAGAGACCCACCUUGGCUUCAUCAAAACCAUCUCGGAGGAACAACCCGGCAAAUCUAGCAAGGGCUUCAUCGUCUCAGUCACAGGCACCCCCGAGGACAUAGCCGCCAGCUACAAGCUCAUCGCUUCAGUCGCAACCACCCUCAACUUCCCUCUCGCCAUGGAGAUCAACGUCAGCUGUCCCAACAUCCCCAACCGCCCCCCGCCAGCUUACUUGGAAGAAGCCCUCACCACCUACCUCACCCACCUUCAGGUCGCCAUCUCUUCAGCCCACGCUGAUAACACCCCGCGCAUCCCAGUCGGCCUCAAAACACCGCCCUACACCUACUCAACACAGUUCCACGCCCUCAUCUCCGCCCUGGAGAAAGCCACCAUCACAGAUAAAGAACAAGAGGAAAGAAACUGCCCAAUAACCUUCAUAACAGCAACCAACACUCUCGGCUCAUGCCUUCUCUUUUCUUCCCCUGUCGUCUCCUCCUCCUCCGCCUCCUUCUCCUCACCAGCAGCCACCUCCACCCCCCUCCUCCCGGGUAACGGGAUAGGCGGCAUGGCCGGCUCGCCGCUGCAUCCCCUCGCGCUGGGUAACGUGGCCACCCUCCGCCAGAUGCUGGACGAGCGAUCCGGCUUGUUAUCAGGGGUGCGGCUGGUGGGCGUUGGCGGGGUGGUGGAUGCGGAAGGGUACAGAAGGAUGAGAGCUGCGGGGGCGCAUGUCGUUGGUCUGGCGACUGGGUUGGGGGUUAAAGGGGUGGGUGUUUUCGCGGAGAUCGAGAUGGGUCUGGGUGCGGGCGGGUGGUAG